UAUAUUUUGACAGCUCUGUUCCGUCUCGUUCACAUCAAGUCAAGUUCUGCAGUUCACUUUUAUGCAGUUCAGUGUUUGUUAACUGAAGAAUUCUCUUCCCAGUGCGGUUGUUUGUUAAUCGUGGGGCCUCGCAGUCAAAAGACGGCCUGAUUGCGUACGAAUACAGUGAUCGAUUUUCGAACAGAGUCGGCCAUGUUGAAAUUGUGAGCAGCCUGCUACGAAGAAGAACGUCCAAUUGAUUGUUCCCGUGCACUAGGCGCAGCAGCAGCGGAGGAAAAACUGGCAAUUUCCAGAGAAAAACAAUAGAAAACUGUUUCAUAAGUGUACCAAUUUGUUGUGAAUUAGUGCGUGGAUAAGUUGCAGAGAUGUCUCAGGCGUUACCGAUACGUUUUCAGGAGCAUUUGCAGCUCACCAACAUAAAUAUCAACCCGAGCUCGAUCUCCUUCACGAACUUGACGAUGGAAUCGGACAAGUUUAUCUGCGUUCGUGAAAGGGUCGGAGAGACGGCUCAGGUUGUCAUCAUCGACAUGAACGAUGCACAAAACCCGAUACGACGUCCGAUUAGUGCCGAUUCUGCCAUCAUGAAUCCGGCCAGCAAGGUGAUCGCCUUGAAAGCUCAAAAAACUCUCCAAAUCUUCAACAUUGAGAUGAAGUCCAAGAUGAAGGCCCACGCGAUGACGGAGGAAGUCGUAUUCUGGAAAUGGAUUACGCUGAACACGUUGUCUUUGGUGACGGAAACUUCGGUGUAUCACUGGUCUAUGGAAGGAGACUCGACUCCGGUCAAAAUGUUCGACCGUCAUUCGUCACUGAACGGGUGCCAGAUAAUCAACUAUAGAACCGAUCCCAAGCAGGCUUGGCUUCUUUUAGUUGGAAUUUCUGCGCAACAGAACCGUGUAAUUGGGGCAAUGCAGCUGUACUCGGUCGAGCGUAAGGUCUCACAGGCUAUUGAGGGCCAUGCCGCUUCAUUUGCAACUUUCAAGAUGGAGGAGAACAAGGAAACUUCGACACUGUUUUGCUUUGCUGUGCGCUCGGCGACAACUGCAAAACUGCACAUCAUCGAGGUUGGCGCUCCCCCAACUGGCAAUACGGCUUUUACCAAGAAAGCGGUGGACGUGUUUUUCCCACCGGAAGCGGGAAGUGAUUUUCCGGUCGCUAUGCAGGUGUCCCCAAAGUACGACGUGAUUUAUCUCAUCACCAAGUACGGAUACAUCCACAUGUACGAUAUCGAGACGGCUACUUGCAUCUACAUGAACCGUAUUUCGGCGGACACGAUUUUCGUGACGGCGCCGCAUGAAUCGAGCGGUGGCAUUAUUGGGGUCAAUCGCAAGGGUCAGGUUCUGUCGGUGACGGUCGACGAAGAGCAGAUCAUUCCCUACAUUAACAGCGUGCUGCAGAAUCCAGAUUUAGCGCUGCGUAUGGCCGUUCGUAACAACUUGUCUGGAGCCGAAGAUUUGUUUGUCCGCAAGUUCAAUCACAUGUUCCAGAACGGUCAGUAUGCUGAAGCAGCCAAGGUCGCUGCAAUCGCUCCGAAAGGAAUUUUGCGUACACCACAGACGAUUCAAAAGUUUCAGCAGGUUCCAGCACAGCCGGGAACCAACUCGCCGCCGCUGUUGCAAUAUUUCGGAAUUUUGCUCGACCAGGGAAAACUGAACAAGUACGAGUCGUUGGAGCUCUGCCGUCCUGUUCUUGCUCAGGGUCGUAAGCAACUGUGCGAGAAAUGGCUGAAGGAAGAAAAACUAGAGUGCAGUGAGGAGCUCGGUGAUUUGGUCAAGCCGUCCGAUCCAACAAUGGCACUUUCGAUUUAUUUGCGCUCCAACGUUCCAAACAAAGUGAUCCAAUGCUUUGCUGAAACUGGCCAAUUCCAGAAGAUUGUCCUUUACGCCAAGAAGGUCAACUACAACCCGGACUACAUUUUUUUGCUGCGUUCUGUCAUGCGGACUAACCCGGAACAAGGUGCCGGAUUCGCGAGCAUGUUGGUUGCCGACGAGGAGCCUUUGGCGGACAUCAACCAAAUCGUUGACAUUUUCAUGGAGCAAAACAUGGUCCAACAGUGUACCGCGUUCCUUCUGGAUGCCCUUAAGAACAAUCGACCGAGCGAAGGAUCGCUGCAAACUCGUCUCUUAGAGAUGAACCUGAUGUCUGCCCCGCAGGUCGCCGAUGCUAUCCUUGGGAAUGCUAUGUUUACCCAUUACGACCGCGCUCACAUCGCCCAGCUGUGCGAGAAGGCAGGACUGCUCCAGCGUGCUCUGGAACAUUACACCGAUCUGUACGACAUCAAGCGGGCAGUUGUCCACACUCAUUUGCUGAACGGAGACUGGUUGGUUGGAUUUUUCGGCACUCUUUCCGUUGAAGAUUCUCUGGAAUGUCUGAAGGCAAUGUUGACUGCCAACAUUCGUCAAAAUUUACAAAUUUGCGUUCAAAUCGCUACAAAGUAUCACGAACAGUUAACCACGAAGGCAUUGAUUGAUCUGUUUGAAAGCUUCAAGAGCUACGAAGGAUUAUUUUAUUUCCUCGGCUCGAUUGUCAACUUUAGCCAGGAUCCGGAAGUUCACUUCAAGUACAUUCAGGCGGCUUGCAAGACGAACCAAAUCAAGGAAGUUGAGCGUAUCUGCCGUGAGUCAAGCUGCUACAACGCCGAACGGGUUAAGAAUUUCCUGAAAGAGGCCAAACUUACCGAUCAGUUGCCGCUCAUUAUCGUUUGUGACCGUUUCGAUUUCGUCCAUGACCUUGUCCUGUAUCUGUACCGUAACAGUCUCCAAAAGUACAUUGAAAUUUACGUUCAAAAGGUGAACCCAUCUCGUUUGCCCGUCGUCGUCGGUGGUCUCCUGGAUGUGGAUUGUUCCGAGGAUAUAAUCAAGAACCUGAUUCUGGUCGUGAAAGGACAAUUUUCGACUGAUGAACUGGUUGAGGAAGUUGAAAAGCGCAACCGUCUGAAGCUGCUACUGCCGUGGCUCGAAUCUCGCGUUCACGAAGGUUGCAUUGAACCGGCCACCCAUAAUGCGUUGGCGAAGAUCUAUAUCGAUUCGAACAACAAUCCCGAACGUUUCUUGAAGGAAAAUCAAUUUUACGAUAGCCGCGUCGUUGGAAGAUACUGCGAGAAACGUGAUCCACACCUGGCCUGUGUUGCGUACGAACGUGGUCAUUGCGACCGUGAGUUGAUUGCUGUUUGUAACGAAAACUCGUUGUUCAAAUCAGAAGCUAGAUAUCUGGUUCGUCGCCGCGAUCCGGAACUGUGGGCUGACGUGUUGUCCGAGGCCAAUCCCUACAAACGUCAGCUGAUUGAUCAGGUCGUCCAAACGGCUCUCUCGGAAACUCAAGACCCGGACGAUAUCUCAGUAACGGUGAAGGCAUUCAUGACUGCAGAUUUACCGAACGAGUUGAUUGAACUGCUCGAGAAGAUUGUACUGGAUUCAUCCGUGUUUUCUGAUCACCGCAAUCUGCAGAAUUUGCUUAUCCUGACUGCAAUCAAGGCUGACCGGAGCCGUGUCAUGGAUUACAUCAACCGACUUGACAACUAUGAUGCACCUGAUAUUGCAAACAUCGCCAUCAACAACGAGCUGUAUGAGGAGGCGUUCGCAAUCUUCAAGAAGUUUGAUGUCAACACUUCAGCUAUUCAGGUUUUGAUUGAACAGGUUCAUAACCUUGAGCGAGCCAACGAGUUUGCGGAACGUUGUAACGAACCGGCGGUGUGGUCUCAGCUGGCCCGCGCUCAGCUGCAGCAAGGAUUGGUGAAGGAAGCCAUCGACAGCUACAUCAAGGCGGAUGAUCCUAGUGCUUACAUUGAUGUGGUUGAAACCGCCAGCAAAAAUGAAUCGUGGGAGGAUUUGGUCCGCUAUUUGCAAAUGGCCCGCAAGAAGGCUCGCGAAAGUUACAUUGAGAGCGAGCUGAUUUAUGCUUACGCUCGCACUGGCAGGUUGGCCGAUCUGGAAGAGUUUGUUUCGGGACCGAACCACGCGGACAUCCAGAAGAUCGGUGAUCGCUGCUUCAACGAUAAAAUGUACGAAGCUGCCAAGCUGCUGUACAACAACGUGAGCAACUUUGCAAGGUUGGCCAUCACUUUGGUGCACCUGAAGGAAUUCCAGGGAGCAGUGGACGGGGCCAGAAAGGCCAACUCGACGCGCACCUGGAAGGAAGUUUGCUUCGCUUGCGUCGAUGCCGAAGAGUUCCGUUUGGCACAAAUGUGUGGUCUGCAUAUCGUUGUUCACGCUGACGAGCUGGAGGAUUUGAUUACCUACUACCAGGACCGCGGACACUUUGAGGAGCUGAUUGGGCUGCUAGAAGCUGCGCUGGGACUAGAACGUGCCCACAUGGGAAUGUUCACUGAGUUGGCUAUUCUGUACUCCAAGUACAAGCCAGCCAAAAUGCGGGAACAUUUGGAGCUGUUUUGGUCACGCGUCAACAUACCAAAGGUCCUGCGAGCGGCCGAACAGGCCCACCUCUGGUCCGAGUUGGUGUUCCUCUAUGACAAGUACGAAGAAUACGAUAACGCUGUUCUAGCAAUGAUGGCCCAUCCUACGGAAGCUUGGCGUGAAGGUCACUUCAAGGACAUCAUCACUAAAGUGGCCAACAUUGAGCUGUACUACAGGGCGAUCCAGUUCUAUCUGGACUACAAGCCGCUUCUGCUGAACGAUAUGCUCCUAGUGCUGGCACCCCGGAUGGACCACACGCGUGCCGUCAACUUCUUUACCAAGCAGGGACACUUGCAGUUGGUCAAAACAUACCUUCGUUCUGUGCAAAGUCUGAACAACAAGGCUAUUAACGAAGCCCUCAACGGGCUGCUCAUUGACGAAGAGGACUACCAGGGACUCCGAACUUCGAUCGACGCAUUCGACAAUUUUGACAACAUCGCCCUUGCUCAGAAAUUAGAGAAACACGAGCUAACCGAAUUCAGAAGAAUCGCCGCUUAUCUGUACAAAGGUAACAACCGCUGGAAGCAGAGCGUGGAACUGUGCAAAAAGGAUCGCCUGUUCAAGGACGCGAUGGAGUAUGCGGCCGAGUCGCACCAGGGCGAGCUGGCCGAAGAACUGCUCGGAUGGUUCCUGGAACGAGGCGCCUUCGAUUGCUUCGCAGCAUGCCUAUUCCAGUGCUACGAUCUGCUACGUCCUGACAUUAUUCUGGAACUGGCCUGGCGCCACAACAUCAUGGACUUUGCCAUGCCCUACUUGAUACAGGUGACGAGAGAAUACACUUCCAAGGUCGACAAACUGGAGGCUGCCGACGCGGAACGGCAAAAAGAGGGUGAAAAUUCCGAACAUAAAUCGAUCAUCCUGCCCGAACCCCAACUCAUGCUGACAGCCGGACCGGGCAUGGGAAUGCCACAGUACGCGCCUCAAUAUGCCGGAGCGUACGUGGCGGCGACGCAACCGAAUAAUAUGUCACCAUAUCCUGGAUAUGGUGGUAUGUAAAUCUAAUACGACCAUCGUAGCUCUGUAUUGAUUCAUUGACUGUGCUAAUGAUAUACACUUAAAUGAUUUAUUUCUGUUUUCUUAAACACGACUCGCGUGCACCUAUGCAGCGUUCAGUUAAAGUGAAAAUUACUGAUAACAUCGUUUUCAUCUAGUUGAACAAGUUAAGUUAUAUAUAUAUAUAAUAUCACCGAACAUUAUUGUGAAAUCUAAGAUACGACAAUUAACACUAACCGAAACUGGAUGUCGGAUGCUAUAUUUAUUGAGUUGUUAAUAUAUUUUUCAUUGAAUAUAAAUUAUGUUAGUCGCUUUCAUCGAGAUCAUAUAUAAAAGGAAACAAAGAUAAUAUCUGUCUAUAGGAAAAGAUCUUACUCUUCUCGAUUACUAUGUAGAAACACCGUUGAUAAAUUAAUAAUCCAUAGACAAGUUUCAAAUCUAUAAAAAGAAACGAGAAUCAUGAUUGUGAUAGGCGCAUUAAAACGUAUAUUCGUAGUAGUUGCAACGUAUUCACUGUACAUAAAAAAAGUAAAAAAAGAGAAUUUUUAUUGUUUGAACCUUUGUCAGCAACUGUGGACAAAAUGUAUUGUUUAUUUUUAUCAUCAUUCUUAUCAACUGAGCAAACCUGCUAUUCCGUAUUUGGACACAGAAGCCUGAAGGUUUUAAAUUUGUCAGCUAUACAGCAUAAAUAUGCGGAAAAAAUCUAAUUCAUUCAAGACGCUUUGAAGCAAAAUCCUCCACUCACAAACUCAGUUUAUGUUUGAUUUCUUUUUCAACAUGUUUGUAAUGGCAUUAAUGAAUUGCAAUCAAUAAUGCGCAUUUCCUAAAUAAUGAAUAAACUCAAAACGAAAUUAAAGUGGAUGGCUGGAAGCUCCGGGUAUGCCUGAGUAUUUUUUUAUGCUACCGUCAGUGGGGGUGACAUUGGGUCAAGGUGAUUUUUUACGGAUUUUACCAUUUUUCAGGUUAUUCUCAAUGAAACUGGAUUCUGUUAAAGGGGUUGUGUAGGAGACAUCUUAAGAUGACUUCGCUGAAAAAAUCUCGUUUCUAGAACAAAUCCUGUUAUUUUGGCAGAUGUCUAAAGUUGGGGUACGUUUUUGGCCAAAAAUGACCUCUCGAAAAAUCAUUUUUCUAAUAUUUUUGUUGGAAUUGCUCGAAAACUACCCAAAUGUUUGAAAAUCUCCACUUCAAACAUUGUAGCAUGUCAAUACGAUUCCUUCGAACAAGAAACACUGUUGGACGACUUGUUUUUACCAUAUCGUUGUAUUUGAGCAUCAUUUUAGUUUCAUUUGACCCAAUGACACCCCCUCUAAGGGGUGAGAUUGAGUCAAUUUUCAAACAAUUGGCAUUUAAGGUAGUGUUCAUCAAAAUCCACCAUAUUUUGGGAAAAUGUUAGUAAACUAUCUAAGAUCAAAUCUCGAUUAAAUUUUCAAAAGGCCCUAUUUGCAUAGGAAACCCAUGAGGGAUAGGUUGUUUUGAAAAUUUAAUCUAGAAAUCUACUUUGAAAGAUUUUCGAUGUUAUUUAAAUUGUUUUUGUUAUUAAGAAAUUUCGAGAGGUGUAUCGGUUUUUUGACCCAGUCACCCCCCACUGACGGUACCUUUCAGUAUUGUUCCCACUUCAAAAAAAUCAUAAUUUGAAAUUAAUAUCACUGCAAUUGGUAACAAUAAUUUAGGCAAGCCAACAAUGUUUUCCUUUCUUCAAACAUAAAUAAUUGCAAUAUCACUUCAAUACAGUAACUAUCGGCAUUGUCAUGGUUCUUAUAAGAAUAAAAAUAUUCAUUAAAAAUAGAAUUGAUUAGCGUUAAGUUUUGUUAGAAUGGCUGCGCCUUAAAUGUUUGACACUCAUUUAACACAAAAAAAAAAAACUUCUAAAUUGCAUUCCCCUAUAUAUUGUUAGUAAUUAUCCAAAACAAAUAGGAAAGUUUUUUAAGGCAUAAAGUCAACAAAUCAAAUUCAUCUUAUUGAACUGCAAUCAAUUGGCACGAAAUAAUAACAGGUUUUAUUUUAAGAUUAUAACUGAGAACUUGCUUUUAAACAUGCUUAUUUAUUUUCCAGUAGAAACCCAUUAAACAAUACAGCAAUAGAGUUUAUUUUAUCAUGUAUGAAAAUCACAAACAUAUGUAGGCAUAGCUGUGUCGGUCCGGUAUUAUUUGUGAACCUCAGGCUAGAACUCAUGCUGUCUUUCGCAUAAACAGUUGUCAGCAAAACAAUAGAAUUAACCAUAGAUUCACCCAGUUCGACAGAUGGAAAACACGGAUUACAACAAAUAUUUGAACUACUCGUAUUAUCUUGAAGAACUGAAAUAAACAAAGCUAUAUGAAUAUAAGAGAAAUUGAAUUAAUAAUAAAUAAAUAUACAUACAUGAA